UAAUUAUCAUUUAGCCUUUGACCUCGAUUAGAUAAGGACGGUUCGUUAACGGGCCCACAUCUUACAGAUUUAGUGUGCUUUUUUGGUUGUUCCUAUCAAAAUGGGCACGCGAUUCACCAUUAACUUGCUGAAAAAUGUUGCAAAAAACCACGCAAACCAGCACAGAUCAGUGUCCCAGUUUUAUCCUAUCGAUGAGCACAUUUUUGGAUUAACACCCGAACAGAUCCAGUUUCUAGCUCAGGGAAACCAUUUUCAACUUCGCUCAGAAGGAACUGGCCCCCAAGGCUUUGGAGAUAGACAAAAAUAAUCAGUUUGAGGGGAUGAGGGAUUUUUGGAGGAAACUGGGUGAUCUUGGAGCGCUAGGUAUUACUGCUCAAAGUGAAUAUGGAGGCACCGAUGGAGGUUAUUUAGACCAAGUGAUAAUCACGGAAGAACUAUCUAGAGCAUGUUCGGCUGUCGCUUUGUCUUACAUCGCCCAUUCAAAUUUAUGCGUCGGGCAGAUCCAUAGGAAUUGCAACCGAGAUCAAGGGAAGAAGUAUUUACCCAAACUAUGUACAGGCGCGCAUAUUGGCGGGCUCGCAAUGUCCGAACCAAAUUCCGGAUCAGAUGUGGUGUCUCUGCGGUUACGAGCAGAGAAGAAAGGUGAUCAUUACGUUUUAAAUGGGACAAAGUUCUGGAUCACCAACGGCCCGGAUGCUGAUGUAUUUGUGGUAUACGCUAGGUCUGAUCUGCGAGCAAAACCCCAGCACGGAAUAACGGCCUUUUUAGUCGAAAGGCGAUUUGAUGGCUUCCGCAGUGGCGUAAAAUUAGAUAAACUGGGAAUGAGGGGCUCUAAUACUGGAGAACUUGUUUUCGAAGAUUGCGCGGUGCCAAAAGAGAACAUCUUAGGCGUGGAAAACAAAGGCGUUUAUGUGCUGAUGAGCGGCUUGGACCUGGAAAGACUGGUGUUGUCUGCAGGUCCUGUGGGAAUAAUGCAGGCCUGCUGCGACAUUGCGUUUUCCUAUGCGCAUGUUCGCAAGCAAUUUAACCGGCGGAUUGGCGAAUUUCAGCUAAUUCAGGGAAAAAUGGCCGAUAUGUACGUAAAAUUGUCAGCAUGCAGAAGCUAUUUGUACAGCGUCGCCCGAGCUUGUGACAAAGGAAAAAUUAACAGCAAAGACUGCGCUGGAGUGUUUUUGUUCUGCUCGGAAACUGCCACCCAAAUGGCAUUGGAUGCCAUCCAAAUAUUAGGAGGAAAUGGCUACAUAAACGAUUACCCCACAGGGCGAUUGCUCAGAGAUGCGAAACUUUACGAAAUCGGAGGAGGAACGUCAGAGGUACGCAGAUCCUUGAUAGGAAAACAGCUCAAUAAAGAAUACUCAUAAGUUGUUUACAUAAAUAUAUGACUUGUAACAUUCCCCUGCUA